CAACGAGCUGAAAUAGGGUUGGAAGAAGCCCGGUAGCCCACUCACCUGCCCACAGUCCUCACUUCAGCGAGCCAAACCCGAGUUCCAGUUUCUUGUUCAGCAAAUUUCUUUUCAACUCUCCGAUUCAAUUUAAAAUUUGUCAUGUCGUAUCGUGGCUCAUAGCACAGCCUUCACAUACCUAUAAAAUUAUAAUUAAAUUAUUAAACAAAAUAAUAAUCUCCCGGUCAUGUCUCUUCCUCUCGGCAAGUUAACCAUCCUCCUCGGCGCAGGUAUUGUUGGAUCGGUUCUUGCAAAAGAAGGGCACCUGUCGAAUGUUUCUAAUUUGGUUUCAGGUGCUCUAAAGAUUUUCUCCAAUCCAUUUAAGCAAGUUGAAUCUCAUUCGUCAGCUAGCCAGCCACACAAUGACUUUUUGAUCGCUGAGGUUAAUCAUCUACGAAAGGAGCUGGCGAGCUUGAAUGUUAACUCUCCAAUUACAAUUGUAACUGGAAGUGGAACAGGUGGUAGAAAAUAUGGCAUAAUUAUAGUUGUUGUAGCGGUUGGAUAUGGCUACAUUUGGUGGAAGGGUUGGAAGCUUCCUGAUCUGAGGUUUGCUUCUAAACGUAGUUUAUCUGAUGCCUGCGGUGUUGUAGCCAAACAGCUUGAGGAUGUUUACUCUUCAAUCUCGUCUGCCCAGAAGCAGUUGUCUUCAAAGGUUACCAGGGUGGAUCAUGAUGUGAAUAAAGUAGCAGAAAUAUCUCAGGCUACACAGGAAGAGGUUUCUAUACUUCGAGGAAGAUCAAAGCUGAUAGGUGAUGAAUUUCAAUCUGUUCGUGAUGUGGUUCAAACUCUGGAAAUUAAACUUAGUGAAAUAGAAGGCAAGCAGGAUUACACAACCCAAGGAGUGUUGAAGUUGUGUGAUUAUGCCCAGAGACAGGGAAGUGGUGGAAUUACAGAGCAUAUUCAGGCUUUGCAUUACAGUUCCUCCAAGAAAGCUCUUGAAUCACCAACAAUUACACCAUCAUCAAGGCAGACUGGAUCUUUACCUCUACCACUUGAACUGCCAUCUCCAUCCAAUUCCAAUGGAUCUCAGAAGGGGGAGUGGCCUUCGCAUAAUUCUGUCUCAGCCUCUGGCCUGAAGGAUUUUAGUGAAGUUUCAGAAGAGGGCGAGUCAUCAAGUUUUAGGGUUCCUAAUGGAAACCGAGCUUCAGAAGACUUGAGCAAUAGGUCUUCAAGUAAUGGAGUGCUUGGGCUUGCGCGACGUUUUAGUGGCGCAGUUUUGACAAGACAGCGCAGCGCAACAAAUGCAGUUGCAGCACUUUCAAGUGGACAGCAAUGCUGAUGAUAUUUCUCUUUGAUGAGCAUUAAAAUCUCUAAAUGAUAAAAUAGUUGUACUCUGCAUUGGGAGAAGACUGUCUGGUUUCUGCAUUAGCUUAGUUGCUGAUAAGAGUCUCUUCUCCCUCAAAUAGAGAGUGCCCAAGCCAAAUUGAUGGAAAUUGGACUGGCUGGCGAGUUUUGUAGAGAUGCUGUUAAUAACAAUUUAUUGAACCCAUUUAUUUUUUUCUUUUAUCUUUUAUAAAAUUUUGUCUAUAAAUAUAGGAUGCUGGAAGGGGCAUGGGAGGGGAAGAGAACUAAGAGACCCUUUUCUGUUCAUCAGACUAAUGUCUAGUGAGAAUAAAAGAAAAUCUUUUUCUAUUA